UGAACUGGAUCUCUAACCAUCGAAAGAGGCUAACCUGGCGACAGGAACUGAGCAGCAAUAAGCCGAAGCACUGCACUUUCCAGUUUCCUCACAAAAAUAAUUUAAGUAAAGCCGCGUGAUAUCAUAAACUGUGUUUUGGUGGGGUCGUGCUUUCUGGUGCGAUUUCGAGUGACAGCUAUUUUUAUAUAUGUCUAGUACUCAACCACUGUCUACAACCAAGCUGAAUGGAGCUUCCUUGGCCUCUUCCUUUACCCUUUUCUCUACUAUAAAUACCAACCUUUAGCAUUCUCAAUCAACUCACUUAUAUAACUUCUCAUAUUCCAGUAUAUUCUCUCUUCUCAGCAAAAACCACGAAAUGGGUUCUUCAAGUUCCAAUUUACGUUGCUUUUGAUUCUUUUAGUUGGCUGUCUAAUGGCAGCCUCCGCUAGCAACUUCUACCAAGAUUUUGAUAUCACUUGGGGAGAUGGCCGUGGUAAUAGUCAACAUGGAGAGGUUCUCAGUCUCUCCCUUGAUAAGGCCUCAGGCUCCGGUUUCCAGUCCAAGAAUGAGUAUCUUUUUGGCAAGAUUGAUAUGCAACUCAAGCUUGUCCCUGGCAACUCCGCUGGCACGGUCACUGCCUACUACUUAUCUUCGAAAGGAUCAGCAUGGGAUGAAAUUGAUUUCGAGUUCCUGGGAAACCUUAGUGGGGAUCCCUACAUUCUCCAUACAAAUGUGUUCAGUCAAGGAAAGGGUAACAGAGAACAACAGUUCUAUCUCUGGUUUGACCCAACUGCAGAUUUCCACACCUAUUCCAUCCUCUGGAAUCCCCAACGCAUUAUCUUCUCUGUGGACGGUACACCCAUUAGAGAAUUCAAAAACAUGGAGUCAAUUGGAGUUCCAUUUCCAAAGAACCAGCCGAAGAGAAUUUACUCCAGUUUAUGGAAUGCUGAUGACUGGGCUACAAGGGGUGGUCUGGUCAAGACAGACUGGACUCGAGCUCCUUUCACAGCCUCAUACAGAAACUUCAAUGCUAAUGCCUGUGUUUGGUCUAAUGGAGCAUCUUCCUGCAAAUCAAAUUCCCCAUCUUCUGCCUCAUCCAACAAUGCAUGGUUCUCUCAAGAACUGGAUUCUACCAGUCAGCAAAGGCUGCAAUGGGUGCAGAAGAACUACAUGAUCUACAAUUACUGCACUGACGCCAAGAGAUUUCCUCAAGGUCUACCUCCAGAAUGCAAUAUGUCUUAAGAGGCAACAACAGUUAUUAAUUAGAUCAAUAUUCUUUCAAUUUUUUUUCUUCAGGCCAAAUCAUGAUUCUUUUGUUCAUUAAGAAUUCUCAGUAUUUUGUAUGUAAUACGUUAUAAUAAGAUAAGCAACAAGAAGAAUUUCCUUUCCA